GAAGGUAGUUUUAAAAUCAAAAUGGCAGAGGAUUUUGAUAUUGAGAAGUUUUUAAAAACCGUGGCCGAAAAAAAUCCAGAACUUAUCGAAGGGGUCGAAGGAAAUAGUGAAGAUUUCAAAACUGAUGAAUUUGAGAAAAAUCUAGUGGAUUUGCAUCCGGAACUUGCAGAAGAAAUUUGUGAUUUUGAUGAAAGAACUGUAAGAGAGGAAAAAGAAAAGACUAUAAGUAAAAAACAACAAGCUCGAGAUCGUCAAAUACGAUUGGAAGCAAUGAUGACUGAUGGACGAAGUGUAAUUGAAAAAAAAGGAAUAACAUUUCACGAUAAAAUGAUUACAAUUGAAGGACCAAUGUCGAUGAUUGCAAAUGCAGUUAUAAAUCAAAAGAGAAUUGAAGUAAGAGUUCGUUCGGCAAUUCGAAUUGAUCGGAUUUUCGAGGGAAUACCAACCACUUUUGAUGAACAUUUCAAUUUAAUGAUGAAAGAUGUUACGGAAACUGUUCUACAUGGAAGAAAAGCACAAAAAGAAUUCACAAAUCGGAAAGAAAUGCAACUACUACUGCCAGAGUUUCUUCGGUGGAAAGAAGGUGGAAAUUGGCCUAUGAAAGUUGGAACAAAUCGUCUUAUAGAACAUCGUUUCCAGAGAGCAUGCUUCAUUAAAGGAGAUUCCGUUGUUUUGGUACGAAUGCUUCCAUAGAUAUCAUGAAAUUGUAGAAAACGGGUUAAUUUUGGAAUUUUUACAGUUUUUGUCUGAAUGAAAUUAUUAUCAUCUGAAGUUGUGUAAAUUUAUGAAAUUUUUUAAAUAUAAAAACUUUU